UCGGUUUCCGGAGAUUUUAAUUCGUGAUGAGUGUUAAAUAAUAAAAUAUGUUAAAUUUACAAGAGUUGUAACUAUGUGAAAUGGUGAAGAUGCUAGUGGAAAAAAAAUUUAAAUUAAUAUGUGUGUUUUGAAAAUCUAUUAACAAGUGUUGUGUACCAAACAUAUAAAUUUAAUCAAUCGGUGUUGAAUGAAACUAGAAACGGAUAAUAAGCUCCGCCAAGGAUAGACACGUCGGUAAAGUGAAUCAAGAGAUUACUCAUCACGUACACAUCGGUAAAGUUCAGCCCCCGGGAUUCCAAGGCCGGACAACAACUGGGAGGGAACCUCCGAUAAAAAAGAACCACCUGUGCCGCCCCUCGUUAACCCAUCACGCGUGACCUAGUGUUGCGAGCUGAAGGCCGUUAAACGUGCAAAAGAGACGCCCCGAUAAGAGCGUCGUCAUCGCAGCUGGAAGAAAGCACGAGGAAAUCGAUUACAACCGCCGACACACUAUUUGAUUGGCAUUUAGCAGCCAUCUCGGCACUCCGGAGCUGGGUGGCGAAAGGAUUGCUGUGAAGCUGUGCAAGUGUGCCGGUGUGUGUGUGUGUGUUUGAGUGUGAUAGGAAAUGUGAUUGUGAAAUUUGCAAUAGCAGACGGAAGCUGAUGGUAGUCGAUUAGUGCUGACGAAGUUCCGGGGAAGGGGGAAUUCGUGCGUGUGUCACAAUAUUUAUCGUGUAAUUGGAGAUAACUGUGCUGGUGGGUAGCUGGAGAAAGCAAGGAGAAGGAAAGCCUUGUGUAACGCGUUGCCAGUCAGUGAUGUUGACAGCGGUGGCGUCGGCGUGGCGUUCGUAGUAGCGCCUCUCGUUCUCUGUAUCUCGUUUUCACAGUGUGUCGGAUAAUCAUUAUCGCUACCAUCGAAGCUUGUCAUUAAGUGGGCGUGUGUAAGCAGGUGUAGCGGGGGGUUGAGGUGGUGGUGACGACGGCUGCUGGAAGCCAGUCACUGCUGCCAUCACAAUUGUUGCCGCUGGAAGAGCUGGAAGACGACGUCAAGUCGUAAAAGUGGUUCAGAGGGAGAUUUAAUUGAUUUCCCGGUCGUUGGCGCGCCGCAGAGUUCAUCAAUCAUCGAAAGUGGAGAAUGGCCAUAACGAUGUCCUCACGUGGUGAUAAGGCGAGUGAGGUCACCAUGGUGCCGACAAUGACCGUGACCGAUAUGUACGAUGUAUUCAGCGAGGUUGUAAAUAUGACGUUGAGCCCCGGUGAUGACGGAACCGGACGGAACAGCACCGUUCAGGCCGUGAUAGCCGACUAUGGCAAUGAUGUCACGUCCAACGAGAUGGUCCGGGUAGUGUUCUGCCUGCUCUAUUCGAGCAUAUUCAUCUUGGGGAUCUUUGGUAACGUGUUGGUGUGCUACGUAGUGUUCCGAAACAAGGCCAUGCAAUCGGUGACGAAUCUUUUCAUCACAAACCUUGCCCUGUCGGAUAUCCUGAUGUGUGUACUGGCCGUCCCUUUUACACCAUCCUACACGUUUCUGGGGCGUUGGAUUUUUGGAAAAGUCAUCUGCCACACGGUGCCACUGGCGCAGGGUUGUAGCGUGUACAUAUCGACCCUGACACUGACCUCCAUAGCGAUAGAUAGGUUCUUUGUCAUAAUCUACCCGUUCCAUCCCAGAAUGAAGCUAUCUACCUGCAUAACGAUCAUAGUCCUGAUAUGGAUGUUCGCAAUGCUGGUUACCCUCCCGUACGGUCUCUACAUGAGCCAUCAUGACGACAUGAAUGGAACGCUGGCCAACGAAACCCUCCCGGAGAACCGUAUCUUCUACUGCGAGGAACUCUGGCCAGAGGACAUGCGAAAGGUCUUCUCGAUCGCUACCUCGAUUCUGCAGUUCGUCCUGCCCUUCAUCAUCAUGGCCAUCUGCUACAUCUGCGUGUCAAUUAAGCUGAACGAUCGUGCUCGGUUGAAACCCGGCUCCAAGACGACGCGCCGAGAGGAGGCCGAGCGUGACCGCAAGAAGCGCACCAAUCGAAUGCUGAUCGCUAUGGUAGCGAUCUUCGGCAUCUCCUGGCUUCCGUUGAACCUCGUCAACAUGAGCAACGACUUCUACUCAGACAUCAACCGUUGGCCGUACUACAAUCUUCUAUUCUUCAUCGCUCAUCUGAUCGCCAUGAGCUCGACCUGCUACAACCCGUUUCUGUACGCAUGGCUCAACGACAACUUCCGUAAGGAGUUUAAACAAGUUCUGCCGUGUUUCAAUCCAUCCCGAGGACGCAGCACCGUCAGCACUCGCCGAUCCGAACAUCGAACCUGCAACGGUAACAACGACACCGUUCAGGAAACCCUAAUUCCUUCCUCCCAAGUGCUACCCCCAAUCUCCAGUAGAUCCCCGAAUACCACAACUACAACCACGACCACCACCGAUUCCAACAAGCAAACCGUCGACUCGAUCCUCCUGUCCGAAAUCGUCCCUCCCUCAGCUCUCAUGACCAAUGCUCCUCUGCUUCCUUCGAUCCAGAGCCAGGAAACGAUCAUCCUCCCGUCCGGGGUCUUGGAAACCCCUUUCGAAGUGCAACUCCCCUUAGCUCCCAAAACCAGCGACAGUUCCAAACAGCCACCUUCAUCCACCAACGGAGUGGGGAACGGGGGCCUUGCUCUGGGCAUGACAUCUACCAAAACCAGCAGCAACCCGAAGCUGCAAUCGCUGAUCCUGAUCAACGACGGAACCUGCGGCGAUACCAAGGUUCCGGAGAUACUGUAAAUCGAUUCCGAGACUGAUGAGAGUUUGAUUUUCGACGAGCUCUGAUAUAACUACUACUUAGCAACUAGAAUUGGUUACAAAUAAUUGCAACAUCGAUCAACCGGACGAGCGGUUUCGUGCAUGUGUGUGUGUGUGUGUGUGUUAUUUUAGGUGAUGCAAAAACCCUUCCUUUCACUUCGACACAAAAGCUAAAUAAAAAACCAAGAACGAAGCGAAAUGGUGAAAGAAAACUAAUUUUCAAAUCCCUCAUCGAGAAGGACAGCAGCAGUAGAGAAUCAUCAGUUAAAGCUUCCCCAUAGAGGGCAACAUCAUCGGUCGGUAUGGCAGCUGCUACUAGCGCUACCGUUCGGAUGUUGUCACGGUACCAGUUUCACAUGGAUGAGCAGGUUGUGAAAGAGGAUUUCAGAAUAGGAAAUUAACAAGGAAACCACCGACGACACCGACGACGACAACGACGACGACGACGAAAGUGACGAUGACCAGCUACGUGCUGAUUGCACAAAUUAACCCGACCGGUACCAAUUGGACCAACCCAGCAAGCGAUACCAGUUGAAACCUCCUCUUCGAGUCUGCAGCGAUUGAAUCGUCCACGGUAUGGCUAUGAUUUCCAAACCCCCCGCGGUGCGGCAAUGAGAUUGUUAUCGUUUUACUGACAUCUUGGAGGCAAC